AUGAGUGAUUAUGGAGCUGGAGACAUUGGCAGUUGUGAUCUGCCCAGUGUGGGCGCUGGGAACGGGACUGGUGUCCUCCGAAAGAGCAGAGAGCGGCGCGGAGCUGCGACCGGCAUCGGGCUGAAGUGCGGGAGCCCGGGAGGUCGAGCGUUCCGAGCCCCGGAUCCGCGGCUGCAGCUUGGGACAGGCACCUAUGACUCAUCGGCUCCGCCGGUCACAUGGACAACACUUGAAUACCUGCUGUGUGUUGGCGUAGACCCAGGAGAAUCGUCUUGUUUCUGGUGCUGGCUCUUCUGUGCCCUUCUCCAGGCCACCAACUACCUUUGGGAGUUGUCGCUGUCCAGCAGAGUGCCCCACACAUGGACUGUGAAGAGCGUUUCCCAAAGUGUAUUCUGCGGAACUAGCACCUACUGUGUUCUCAACACCGUGCCACCUAUAGAAGAUGAUCAUGGGAACAGCAAUAGUAGUCAUGUAAAAAUCUUUUUACCGAAAAAGCUGCUUGAAUGUCUCCCGAAAUGUUCAAGUUUACCCAAAGAGAGGCACCGCUGGAACACUAAUGAGUCAUCACUUAACUAUUGGCUUGAAACACAACUGACUGCUGCGUCCCUGAAUCUUGGAGCCAGGUCUCAGAUGGCAUUCUCCCGAAGAUAGACUCUGGCAGCACCGACAGCCUUUUGUAGUGAAGUGUUCACUCACUCGCCCAUGCUGCUGCUGGUGAACUCGUGACAUUCUGUUUCUUCCCGAGUAAGCAAGUGGUUCCUCUUUGUUCUGACUCAAUUCUUAAAGUGGCAUCAGUCACAUAUUGAUGUCAGCCUCAGGGUUUUCUGUGAAAGAUGAAUUUUUUAAAAAGAUUUAUAUGUAUUAGUGUUUUGCCUGCAUGUAUGUAUGUAUGUAUAUAUGUAUGUAUGCAUGUGUACCAUGUGUGUGUCCUUGGUCCCAGAGGAGGCCAGAGAAGGCCCUGGAUCUGGAUUUAAGUAUGUUUGUGAGCCACCAUGUGGUGCUGGGAAUCCACCCCAAGUCCACUCUCUGCAAGAGCAGUAAGUGAUCUAAACUACUCAGCCAGCUCUCUAGCCCCUGAAGUGCAUUUUAGUGCUAAAAACAGUUUCUGUGUUACAAGCAAGCAGUGCAGCUACACUUGCCACAUUCGAAGCUGCUGGCAGCCAGAGAAACCCUGAAUACACGUCUGAUGUUUUCCUAAGAGGAGACCCUAUGAAAUCGUGAACACCUUUCCUGGCUUUUUGUAUUUAGUUUUUUUUUUUUUUUUUUUUUUAAUGGACCGUAUGACCGUGGGAAUUAUUCUAUUUCAUUUAUACUGUUAAAUACAAACUGCCUUAAACUUUUAAAAUUUCCAUAAUCUUUUUGUGUGUAGGCAUAUAUUUUUCAGUACUUUUGUAUUUUUAAUUUUUUCUUUGCAUAUUUUUAAAAGCUACAGUUUUAGGGCUGCAGUUUUCAGUGAUUGGCUUUGCUGGCCUAUUAUGUAAUGUUAGCUCUGAAGUUUGAAACCAGUUUUGGGAGACAUUUAAGACUCUGAAACUUCCCAAGUGUGAGCUCAACUGGAACACACAGUACUCUAGUCGUGAAGGCCAUGGAGAUAUGCUGGCUUUGUGGACCGGGAAGUUAGCCUUGAAGAUUUUGUCUUGGGUAGCUUUGUGACAUGAAGUACUGGUGUUCCGAGUUGAGGUGGGCUGCUCUGGUUUAACAAAAACAUGGAAUGUAGAUGUGAGCAGCAGGGGCAGAGCACACGGCAUACAGCAUCACAUGUCAGAUUAAACCCAACAUUUCCUUGACAAUGUGAGAGAGCAGACUGUGUUAAGUCUGUAGGCUCCCAUCUGCAGAGCUCAAGUGGACAAGGUGAGCAGGGCAGGCAAGAGAGGCCAAAGGCACUUCAUAACCAAUGGAAUUUAUGCGAGUAGUGCUGGUGGGUGGGAUGGAUGACGCUUUGCCCAAACAAAACUGUCUCUUGAUAAACUAUUGUUUUGUUUUUGUUUGUUUGUUUGUUUGGGUUUUUUUGCACAGAAUUUCUGUAAGUCCAUUAGGCCCUGGUACAAAUACAUCAUUUAGUGUUAAAUUCACUUCUGUGAUUUUUCUCAUUAGCCCAACAAGAAUUUAAAUGACACUCUUGGGUGCCAAGGCAAAUAUAAUCACAAACUACAGACUUGAACAAUGACUUUUUGUGUUAAAAUAUGUUUGUAAUUGGUGUUACUGUUUCAGAUGAUAAAUUAAGAUAUGAAGCAUUUCAAAACAUUUCAUAGACCCCUGAUAAUCGUUUCACAGAGUCUGAACUGAGAGACUCAGUGCAGAUGCAGAGCUGGAGCAGGAGGGCAUUCUAGUGUUGGCUCUGUUCCUAUCAGGUGUGUUUCGUGAGACAUUGGUCUGCUCAGCCUCCUCCGGGUGGAGGUGAUGGUGUCCAGUGACCUCAAAGAUUGGUAUUAAAAGGUUAUUGUUUUCAGAGUUGGAGUGUGGGAUGGUUGGGGAAGCUAGAGCCCAGCUCUGCUGUUGCAUUGUAAUUGUGAUUUUGUUUUUACUGUUAAUCAUUUCUUGAUUCUGUUUGUGAACUGUGCAGUUUAGUGAUUUUAAAUAUGACAAAAUUGUGCAGUAACCCCCACUUCCAAAUUCCAGAAUGUUUUCAUCACCCUACAAGCCUCUGGCCUUGUGGAAUGAGAACACAUAAGAGGGGGCAGGCUCAUAAGUUCUUGGUCUUACCUCUAAAUUUCUGUACCUGUUUAGCAUUAGAGAUGAAACUCGGGAAGCUUGUCCUCUGAUGCAGGUCAUAACUUACUGGACUGUUGCUGGAGACUAAGGAACAUUAGUGUACAAAUCCAGUUUGGAGAAGGCUGAAGAAUGUUCAGGUGCAGUUUAAAACAAUGUUGUGCAAAGUGGGAUAAAAUACCCAUGCUUUUCAGUAGCUGGGUGACUCUGGAUGCUGGUGAUUUCACAGAGGAGAAGAAAGCUGCACCAGUGCACUGAGGUGGAGAGGGAAGGCUGCCUGGAGAGGCUGGCAUGCUUCAGCUGCAUGGAGUGUCUGUUUCUGCGCUUGUGUGGCACCUGGUUGCGUCUGUUGUGUUUUCAGGUGACAAUGUGCAAUCUAGAAGUGAGUUGUAAUCCGUGUGACUUGACUGUCGUUCCAGGGCUGCUGUUCCCGCCCCACUCAGGGUUAUUUUGGGCAACUUUGGCUAUGAUGAAGCUUCCUAGAGUCUUUUUUUACUUUAGUAAGCACAGAGAUGAUAUCGAAUGUCAUUUUAAAAACUUAAACUUUGACAGCUUUUGUGGGGUAGCAUGAAGGAUAGUCUUCUUUUCUACUCUUGGAUCUCUGUGUGGCCCAAGAGGCUGAAGGCAGCAGACUCUGAAACCAAAUGCAUAGCCUACCUUACAAUCUGCCUCCCCACCACCAGCCCACCAGGUGCUUCCUAACUAUGAAACCCUGCUGAGGUUUUUUAAACGUUCUAACACACAACUCAAGUUUCCCAGUGCUGGUGCCCCUAGAGAGCCAGAACCUAUGAGGGUUAGCAGCUCAGAGAGUAAAGCUGGGGCCUGGGGCGAGCUCAGUUGCUAACAGUGUUUGCCUGGCAUGAACAAGGCCCUGGGUUUGUUGCCAGUACCACAUAAUCAGGAUGUGAUGGCUGGUGCCUUUAAUGCCAGUCCUUGGUAAUAAAAGCAGGAGACUGAGAAGUCCGAGAUCAUCUUCAGCUAAGGAAAGUUUGGGGCCAGGGAUGCGCGAGACCUCGUCUCCAGAAAAAGGAAACAAACAGCAAACCACUGUGUGGCUGUGGUGGGUCAGAGUGAGAUGAGUGUGGGGGUUUUCUCUAGAUGGAAGGCAUGCUCAAGGCUCUGGACUUAAAUGGGUCUCUGUUGGAUCCCACGAGAGAUGUAGAACUGAAAUAAAGACAAAAUUCCAAGCGCUUGCAAUUUAUGUUUGAGGAGAAGAGGGGAAGAUGGGGAGAACUGUCAGCCUUGUGAGAUGACCAAGGUCUGCCAGUCCUUCAGGUGAGGAACUUCAGGUCAGGAAAUAGCCAGAGGAGGAAAAGCACAUACAUAUACCUGUCUGAAGAGAUCGAUCCGCAGUCCGUAAGGCUAAGGUUUCAGAUAAACACCAGCCAAGUGCAAGCCAAAGCGUGCCAGGGGCAGCAAGGCAGCCAGGCCAGAGAGAAGCGAAGGGACUCUCCACGUAAGAACCUUAGACUUCGCCCUCACCACGCCCUCAAGGGCGUGUCCAGCACACCU